AUGACAUGAAAAACUAGUUCUAAGAGCCUCUAAACAUUGUCCGAAUGCCGUCGGACGUCUGAUAUCUCACCCGCUUACCCUUGUCGUCGGGCACGCGCCUCUCCCACUCCCCCUUCCCCUAUUGCGAGUUCCUUUCUCGUAAGUCGUAAGCGGUCUUGGGCACGAGCAGAAAACAAAUAGAAGGGCCGAUGGGAAAGACGACUACCGCCGAUGAGGAUUUGCUUCUCAAGGAGUUCUUCGCCGAAGUCGGUGAAGUUGAGAGGGACAACGAGGUUAUUAGGAUCCUUUCAUGCUUCAAGUUAAAUGCGUUUGAGUAUCUUAAUUUGCCAUUCCAUUCGUCUCCAGACGAUGUGAAAAAACAAUAUCGUAAGUUAUCCUUGCUAGUUCACCCUGACAAAUGUAAGCAUCCACAAGCUAAGGAGGCAUUUGCAGCGUUGGCAAAAGCCCAACAGUUAUUACUUGAUCCGCCAGAAAGAGAAUAUCUUCUUAGCCAAGUUAAUGCUGCAAAAGAGGAACUUAAAGCAGCAAGGAAGAAGCAGUUGAAGAAGGACACUGCUUCUAAAAUAAAAUCAUUGGUUGAUGAGGGGAAAUAUGAGCAACAAUAUGAGCAGUCGGAGGAAUUCCAGCAGCAACUAAAACUGAAGGUUCGAGAACUAUUAACAGAACAAGAAUGGCGACGGAGGAAAAUGCAGAUGAGGAUAUCAGAAGAGGAAGGUAGAUUGAAGAAGGAUGAGGAAGAAACAAAAGAGAUGUGGAAGAGAAAACGUGAGCAUGAGGAGCAAUGGGAAGGGUCAAGAGAAAAGCGGGUUUCCAGCUGGAGAGAUUUUAUGAAGGGUGGAAAGAAGGGUAAGAAGGGAGAGAUUCGACCCCCAAAGCUCAAGACAGAAGACCCCAACAAAUCUUAUGUUCAAAGGCCUGUGAAACGAGGUUAAAUGGGGGAUUAGGUUAGUACUUAUGAUUGCUGAGCAGCUGAAUAGGAAGGCUUUGAAAGUUGUAUCAAGAGCUCGGUCGUGUGUAAAAAGGAUACUGGUAUUGUUUGGACAUUAGCUUAGUAGCUUGGCUCAUUAAGUGAACCAACAUCCUCUCAAGGGUAUUGGCCUUUGUCGAGAUUAAUACGAUUAAAUAUGAUUAUUGUGUAAUACUAUAAUAUAUUAAUCUAUUGAGUUUUAGGAGACCUGCA